CAAUCUCUCUCACCCUCUCAUGGCGGAGCCGAUCCGUCUGUUUCACCAUCAGAGAAGAGAUUCUAGAACUGAGUCGAAUAAUGAGUGACUUCGAUCUCGGAACGACUCAGAGGAUGACGACUGAGACACACCGCACGACGACGUUUCUUGAUCUUCUCCGACGCCAGAUGAGCGUUGCCGAUCGCACCAGGAGAAAGCGGACUCUUAGAGAGCGGUUGAGAUUCAAAUGCAUUGCAUGCUGUGGGCCCACCAUCAACAAUACAACAACUAGUGCUACUCUCCACAGUCCAACCUCUAGAGAAGACGAAAUCGAAGAACAAAGUGAAAUCCAGUUCGUUCCCGGGUCAGACGCUGGAUCGGGUUCGGGUAUGAAUCUCGCGACGGCUUUAGAGGCGGAGAGAUACAACCGGGGAGAACCGGCGGUUGAUAUGACGCCGAGGAGAGUGUCGUUGAUGAGAUUACUGGAUGAGACGGCGGAGAGAGUGGACAAUGACGGGAGGGAGACGGAGAUAUCGACGGCGUCGAUGGAGACGUUAACGGGUAACGAUUCGGUGUGCUGCGUGUGUAUGGGAAGGAAGAAAGGCGCUGCGUUUAUUCCCUGUGGACAUACUUUUGCAGAGUUUGCUCCAGAGAGCUGUGGCUCAACCGAGGCUCGUGUCCUCUUUGCAACCGUCCGAUCAUCGAGAUCUUAGAUAUAUUUUGAAACCAAUCGAAUGGCUGUAAAUUCUCGAUCAACAUAGUUUUUACAGUUUGUUACAUUUCGUUUGUUAUGGAAAGAUGAUGUAAAUUUCAAAAAAAUACAAGAUAUUCUGUUCAGAAGGCCCAUUAAGUCAAUUAUAAGCCCAAUAAACAUAUAGUUUGGACGUUUCCUCUCAAUCGCGCUUUUCCGAAACGCCAGAAAAACGCUGUGAAGAUAUUUAUCGCAUGGUAGCAGAUCUCGACCGUUAAAGGACCAAAGUAGUUGGCAAACUGAGCGAUAAUCAGAAAACGGCCAGACAAUAGUACACUGCCGAAGUUUCUAGCAUCGUGUCAUUUGCAUGGCGCCUAAUUCUCGUCGAGAACUAGAGAUAAUAAAGAGCAACUUUCCUAAACAAUAAUUUCUGUCUAUCCCUAAAUAUUUUUUUUUUGUUUUUUGCAGAGAAAC